GCACGGUAGAAACGAAGCAACAAGGUAGUGAGCUUUCCGUGUCCAUUAACAAACAUAGUAUUAAUUUUAAAGCAUAAAGAGCACAAUACGGAUGGUAUCAGUACCAGCGUUAUGGUACGUCUUUCCACCCCAUCCCAUCUUGCUUCUGUUUGGGUGAAAUCGGUUCGCCAAGAUCGCCAUCUUAAUCAUUCGUAAAACCUAUUUUCUUAUUGUUGGAAGUAUUUUUGACUCCAUUCAUGACUUGGUAAUCAAUGCAUUGAAACCAUUCUCGAAAUCCUUCAGAUAGUUGUCCUAUUCACCUUUUUCUAGUCGCGUUCCUUGUCCAUUAUCAUUUACUUGUUCAAGACUGUUGUAACAAAUGGAAAAGAUUAUUAGAAGAAGGAAGUCCAUUUACACCAGCUAAAUCGAUGCUACCCAUUUCCAAGCUCUAUUCUUUCCAUUUCUUGACCACUAUUCAAGUUUUGAUAUACUUUCGUUCCCAAGUAUUCUUUUAAUACCUAUUUUUUCCCUUUUUUUUAAAAACAAUAUUUGGCUUUUCUUUUUGGAUUUGCUUGCUUUAUUUUGACUUUGGCAACAUUUAUGUUCUGCUGGACUGUUCAACAAGUCAUCUUUUUCUCAACCGUCAUACAUUGACAAUUUCUUGGACAUAAAUUUAAAUUCUCAGUCUUUUACUUUCUGCAAAGGAUUGGUAUAUGAGUUCAACCAAAAAAGCAAAAUCACGACCCAGGCCAUCCAUGGAUCUCUCAAAUUCUUCCAAACGUCGGGCUGCCCGAUCAGCUCGUUUUUCUUCGGACACCGAUUUGAAAUAUCAAACUUUACGAAGACUAAGGAUAAAGGAACAAGAAGCUUUUGAAGCUCAACAAUCCAAACAUUGGAAAGAAAGUUCUAUAUUGGUCGGCACUUGUACCCAGAUGUGUCCGAAUUUUGAAAUUGUCGAAAGAACGAUGCAAAAAUCCAUUCAUCCUUAUGAAAAGCAUCCACAAACUCAUCAACCUGAUCCCGAGUUCACAGUCAAAGCAUAUCAUCGCCCUGCUGCUGGAAAAGGACCCAUCUUACCUUCCGAUGUUCGUCCUCCGGCUCUCCUAAAGAAAACAACCGAAUAUCUUUUUCAACAAUUGCUGCAGAAACAUCCUUUUCAAGAAGCACAUGCUUUUGUACGUGAUCGGACUCGUGCUAUACGUCAAGAUUUUUCUGUACAGUCUUCAUUUACGGAAGAAUCCAUUUAUUGUCACGAAUUAAUUGCACGAUUUCACAUCGUUUCAUUGCAUGAGCUCAAAGGUCAACCCUCUUUCAGUUCACAACAAGAAGUUGAACAGCUUUCAAAAGUUCUUUAUACCCUUGGUCAAUUAUAUGACUAUAAACGUAUGAAAAAUCAAGCCAGCCCACAUGAACCAGAAUUUCGCGCCUACAUGGCUUUGCUUUGUUUAGGCGAUCCGGCACUAUCCAUUGAGACACUGUCCUGGUCCAGCGACUUAAUAGAAAAGCCUAUUGUCCGAACCGCGUUAGCUCUUCAUUCGUAUGCGCAGAGAAAUAAUCAUUUUGAGCAAAAAUUGAAACAUGUUGAUUUAUCCCUCAUUUCUUCUGAAAAUACCGAAGCUGCUCCAAAUUUUUAUACGAGGUUUUUCAAAUUGGCUAAAAGUUUCAAAACUACCUUCUUAAUGGCUUGUAUAUUAGACAUGUUUCUUCCUUCCAUACGUACCGGUGCAUUAAAGGCAAUGAAGAAAUCGUAUCUUUCAGCUCAUGCAAAUAUCCCUUUCAAUGAUCUUUUAAGAAUCCUUUCUGUCUCUCAUAAUGAAGAACUUAUAAAAAUAUGCCAGAGUCAUGGUCUUCAAGUAGAGUUUACUGAUGGACUACCCUCAUCUGUUGUUUUAAAUAAAAGAGUUUUAAUUCAUGAUGCUUUACCGGUUGACAAUGAAUGCUCAUACCUAGCUGAUACGAAAUAUCACAAAGUACCGACUUCUGAUAUUAUAUGCAUUGCAAGCGACCGUGCAACGGUUCAGAGGCGCCGCCAUUCAAAGAAAGACAUACGAAAGAAGUCUUCUUUUAAACGGGGGAGUCAUCCUAAAAAUUACUAGCUUAUUAAUUACCUUGUUUACUUCUAAUAAUCUUUAUUUUUGGAUAUCAAUUAUUGUAUUUAACGGAGACCUAAACACACGAAUAAACAUUCAUGAAUAGGUUCGUAAGGCUCAGUAAACCAUAAAUAAUAAUAAAAAAUGAGUUUAUAAUUAAAAGAUCCGAAUAUUUUUCGGAUACAACUAAACUAAAGAGUCUCUAAAGCUCUAGAUACAUCAACUUUAUCUAUCAAGUUAAUGAUUUGAGAGUGGACAGUUUCAAGGCUGCUGGAAGCGUCCAAGGUUACAAAGCUCAGUUUCUCUUCUGUGUAUUCUCGUUGAAUCCGCUCAAAAUUUUUCUCAACCAUUUUCUGCAUCUCAAUGUUCUCGUAACGUUCCUCUCCGUACUGGCCACGCUUUGCAGCAAUCUCGGGAGAAACAUGUAAGAAAAUUACAAGAUCUGGACGUAGCAAUCCUCGAUCAGGACUUUUGCACCAUUCCCAAUUGAGUCCCUAGAAAUGUUAGCAUAAUGGUUUGCAAAGACUUAUAAGAGAAUCAGGAUAACAUACUUUAGCUGCAGAGAAGGCAAUCCCAGAAAAGGCAUAACGGUCCAAAACACAAGUUACACCAGAUUGAAUUUUUGAUUUGAUAUCGUCAAUAAGUUCCCAUCGGUUCGCUGAGAAAAGUAAGUGAAUGACUUGAUCACUCAGCUGGCUAGUUUCUUUUAAAUAUGCAUCAAUUUUUUUCCCAAUGGCGGUACUACGAUCUAAUUUAUUAGCAAGACAAACCAAAUUUCAAUCGCGAUUAAUUCAUACCUGGAAACUUGUAGAGUUGAACCUUUUUGCCUUUGGCUUGCAAGUUUUCCAAUAUUAACUGACAUUGGGUUGAUUUUCCUGAUCUAUCCAACCCUUCAAUGACAACUAAAGAACCUCUAUUUUGUGUACUCAUUCCUGGAAACACAAGGCUGUAAGGUUGUUGUGAAUAUAUCUUAUAAGGUGUUUAAAACUGGGAGAUAUUAAAUGCAAACAAAAAAAAACGAAAAGAACGUACAGGAAUGGCGAAAGAUAGAAGUCUAUUCACUAGAUUACAGAUGAGUAGAUAUGUUGACUGUAAUGGACGAGAUAGAAUAAACUUUCGGUGAAAAAUCAGUCGUAUAAAACUUAGCUAACUAGCAUACAAAACGAAAAAUAUUAACGUGUAUCUACUUUACUUAAUCAUGGAUACGGAUUAUUAGCUGUAAAACAAUAGUU